GACUCACUUUGGUACAGUGGUAUACAGUGUCUAAUAUCCUUCACGGCGCUGGUCAGUUAGCAGAAUUAGCUUUCUUUGCCGUUUGUUUGAUACGAUUUUCAUAAAAUAACUAACCUCAAAUUGGCAUCUAGCGUGGAUAUACAGCGCUGUGUAUGUCUCUCUCUGUGUGUGUGUUUUAAGUUAGUGAGCUAAUCAGUCCAGUGGCGGUGUGAAACCGUUAGCUUAGCCGGCUAAACGAGACAGUCGAGUUAGCAAAAUAUAUAUAUAUAUAUAUAUCUAUAUAUAUCUAUAAGAGAGAAGAGAGAUGGGGUCCAGAGCAUCGUCACUACUCAGAGAGGAGGACAUUGACGAAAUCAAAAAGGAAACUGGAUUCUCACACAGUCAGAUCACUCGCCUCUACAGCCGAUUCCACAGCCUGGACAAGGGCGAGAACGGCGCUCUCAGCCGGGAAGACUUCCAGAGAAUUCCAGAGCUGGCCAUCAACCCUCUCGGUGAUCGGAUAAUUAAUGCCUUCUUCCCAGAGGGAGAGGAUCAGGUGAAUUUCCGAGGAUUCAUGAGGACCUUGGCACACUUCCGGCCGGUGGAAGACAACGAGAAGAACAAGGACCCGAACAUCGAGCCGUUAAACAGCAGGAACAACAAACUGCUCUUUGCCUUCCGUCUCUAUGACCUGGACCGUGAUGAUAAAAUCUCUCGAGAGGAGCUACUCCAGGUGCUGCGGAUGAUGGUCGGUGUGAAUAUUUCGGACGAACAGUUGGGCAGCAUCGCAGACCGGACGAUCCAGGAGGCCGAUACCAACGGAGACAUGUGCAUCUCCUUCAGCGAGUUCAUCAAGGUCUUGGAGAAAGUUGACGUCGAGCAGAAGAUGAGCAUUCGCUUCCUACACUGAAGAAGCACCACUGGCGUCCGGCUGCACCGAACUCUAACCCGAGGCCGUUCACGCAGCGAGCGACCCUCUGCCGGUCUGUCGCAUUUCGGUCUCCUCGGCUCCGAUCGCUCGUGUCGCAGCAGUCGUCGCUUUUUGUCUUUUAUAUCCGUUUCUUCUGUCGAAUUGAUCACACUUGCGUUGUUGUUUGGAUCAAAGGGAACAUUCAUGUGCCUUCAGUUGUUGACCCGGUCAGGCCGGCUGUACUCUUUAUUUAUUCUGGACAAUUCCUGGUUCGAAAUCAGCUCUGUUAUUGUUCCAUGCAACAUAGUGAACAUAGUGAUUAGGAGUAGUUUCAACACUUAACAUGGGUUUAUCGUACUCAGAGCCAAAUCUGUUGCUUCUAAUGUGAAACGUCAAGCUUAAACUUAACACUCACUAACUUGACCUGUCUGUUCUUUCUUUCUUUCUUUCUUUCUUUCUUUCUUUCAUUCAUUCAUUCAUUCAUUCAUUCAUACAUUCAUACAUUCAUAUUAUGUGAGAGCUCAGGAUUGUGAGACAUUUGCACAUAUCACCACCACCAAAUAAAUGGGAGAUACGAUCAGCAUUGCCGUAAAUGCUUAUUGUGGAAUCUGUUCUCUUGGGAUUUGAACAUUUCCCAAAGCUUUCAGCUUUACUUUUUGUUGGUUUUAAGACAACGUGAUAUAUAUAUAUAUAUAUAUAUAUAUAUAUAUAUAUAUAUAUAUAUAUAUAUAUAUAUAUAUAUAUAUAUAUAUAUAUAUAUAUAUAUAUAUAUAUAUAUAUAUAUAUAUAUAUAUAUAUAUAUAUAUAUAUAUAUAUGAUAAUAUAUAUAUAUAUAUAUAUGAUUGAACUCACAGCUAAGACUAUAACCUGAGAGAAGUAAAUGAAUAAACAUUUUCCUCUUCAGGUUAUAUUCAGCUCUAACUAGCAGUGUUUAGUUAAACAGUAGCACUGAUGGCCUUCAUAUAAACCGCUUUCUCGCUCAGGAGAGAGAAG